AGAUCCAUGAGGAAUUGAAAAACGUCAUAGACCUCCGUGAGCCACAAAGUGUAUGGAAGCUGAUAAUCCCGCAAGGAACUUAGAUAAAUAAGUUGAGAAGAGAUACAGAAAGACUUUAAGGCAGCAUCAUAGAUAGAUAAUCUCAUCGAAGUCGAAGAGUUACAUUUACCUUGAAGGUUGAUGAAACAAGGUGGAAUUCGAAGAUGGCCACCGUGUACUUCGACGAUGACUGUCCCUUAGAUAAGAAGAAACUGGGACUCUGUUCGUGGAUGUUUCUCCACACGAUGGCUGCCUACUACUCCGAUACUCCAUCCUCACAAGAACAGAAAGACAUGUUUCUCUUUAUACACCUUUUUGCCAAGUUCUAUCCAUGCAAGGAAUGCUCACGGCAUUUUCAAAACACCCUAGAAAACUAUCCUCCAGAUGUAACAUCACGCAAGAAAUUAUCGCAAUGGCUCUGCGAAGUUCACAAUGUCGUCAACAAACGCCUUAAACAAUUGUUAUUUGACUGCAAAGUUGUAGACCAAAGAUGGAGGACUGGUUGGGAGGACGGUUCCUGUAAAAAGUAAAACGGUCGAAUACAUUAUAUUUCAACAGAGUUUAAUAACAUGACUCAUAAAAAGAAACAUAAUGCACGGGUAAAAUGAAGGCAGCAAGAUCCCUUUUAAAUUAAUGCAAAGAACCACAAUGUUUCUUGUCCCAAAUGCGUCAAGCCAGAAGAAAAUACUCAAGUACGGAUAACGCUUCGGCGGUUUUGGAAAAAACGAAUAAAAUAACCGCCAUCAACAGAAGAAAAA